AUGGGUCGAAAACAAAGAGGUCGUGCUGCUCGAAAUGCUCGUCGAAAAUUACCACCAAAUUUUGAAAGUGAAGAAGCUAAACGAGCACCUCAUGUACUUGUUUUUAAACGAGGUGCAACUGUUGGAAAUAAUGUUAAAGAACUUAUUAAAGAUAUGCGUCGAGUCAUGGAACCAUUUACUGCACCAAACCUUAAAGUUAGUCGUAAAAAUGCAUUAAAAGAUUUUAUUGCUAUAUCAGGUCAUUUUCAUGUAACACAUUUAAUGACAUUUUCCAAGACUCAAUUAUCAACUUAUAUGCGUUUAAUACGUGUUCCACGUGGUCCUACAUUAAAUUUUCGUAUUCGUCGUUUUACACAUAGUCGUGAUAUUGUUUCAGCAUUAAAACAUCCUCAAACAUUUCCUAAACAAUUUGAACAUGCACCAUUACUUGUUAUGAAUGGUUUUCAAGAUGAUUCAAUACAUAUUAAACUUAUAGCAACAAUGUUUCAAAAUAUGUUUCCAUCGAUUAAUGUUGCAACUGUUGAUUUAAGUACUAUAAAACGAUGUGUUUUACUUUCACUUGAUCCUGUUAAUGGAUUUAUUGAAUUUCGACAUUAUAAUAUCAAAAUUGUACCAAGUGGUAUUAGUCGAGCAGCAAAGAAAUUAUUACAAGGCAAAGUACCUGAUCUAUCACGAUUUAAUGAUAUUAGUGAUUUUAUGUACAGGGAAGGUAAUGCAUCAGAAAGUGAAGAUGAAAGUACUGGUAAUAAUGAUGAAAAUGAAGUUAUUCUUUCACAACAAUUACGUAGUCGUGGUAAUUUAAAAUCUAAUCAAAGUGCUAUACGUUUAACUGAAAUUGGACCACGAAUGACACUUGAAUUAGUUAAAAUUGAAGAAGGUUUAUGUGAUGGUGAAGUUCUUUAUCAUACAUAUGUUUCUAAAACACCUGAACAAGUAACUGAAUUACGUAAACGUAAUACAGAAAAAAAACGGCUGAAAGAACAACGAAAACGUGAACAAGAAGAAAAUGUUAAACGAAAACAAGAAAAGAAAAAAAAGACACAAAAAUCUUCGGUGAAACAAAAUGAUGAAAAUCUGGAUGAAUCAUCAUCGGAUAAUAAUGAUAACGAUAGUGAUGAAUAA